CGGCUCGGAGCAGCGCUGCGGGGGGCGGUGAGCGCGCUCGGAGCCUCGGGCCAUGGCGGAGAAAGUUUCGAUGGCUGCUGAACGGCCGCGGGCCGCCGGAUCCUCUUGCUCCGGCUCUUCCUCCGGCUCCGAAACUCUGUCCGAGGAGGGAGAGCCCGGCGGCGGGGCGGCGGCGGCUCCCGGCGCGGAACGGGCGAGCGGCAGCGGGAGGACGGACGAGGACGAUGCUUCGCUGGAGGAGCGCGAUGAGGAGCUUGAUCACAUAUUGUCCCCGCCACCAAUGCCUUUUCGAAAAUCCAGCAAUCCAGAAGUCUUAUCCGGCCCCGGGAAGUCUUUCAAAUAUAAGAGGCAGCUGAGUGAAGAUGGGAGACAGCUCAGAAGAGGAAGCCUUGGAGGAGCUUUGACUGGCAAGUAUCUGCUGCCCAAUGGAAAUGGACAGCAGCUGUGGCAACCUGCAGAAACCUCCAAUCUUGUUCGUAUGCGCUGCCAAGCACUUGGGCAGUCAGCACCUUCCCUUACUGUUAGUUCGGAAGGGGCACCUCAGAAGAGUCAUUUCAGCUCAGCACGUCACCGUCAGAGACUAGUGGAACCAACGGCUUCAAAAAAGGAGUUGAGCCUUCCAAGAAGAGGAAGUCUCUGUAGAACAAGUAAUCGAAAGAGUUUGAUGAGCAGUGGCCAAUCUCCAGCUCUGCCUCGACCUCAUUCACCUCUCUCAGCACACACAGGAAACAGUCCUCAAGAUAGUCCAAGGAAUUUCUCUCCCAGUGCCUCAGCCCACUUUUCUUUUGCAAGAAGUCAUGGGCACCGAAAUGACAGGACUGAUGGUCGCCGCUGGUCUUUGGCUUCCCUCCCUUCUUCUGGAUAUGGUACAAAUACACCCAGCUCAACUGUUUCUUCAUCUUGUUCAUCCCAAGAGAAACUCCACCAGUUACCAUACCAACCAACACCUGAUGAACUGCAUUUUUUAUCUAAACAUUUCUGUACCACUGAAAGCAUUGCAAGUGAUAACAGAUGCAGGACCACAGCAAUGCGCCCUCGCUCCAGAAGUCUCAGUCCUGGACGUUCUCCUGCCUGCUGUGACAAUGAGAUAAUUAUGAUGAACCAUGUCUACAAAGAAAGGUUCCCAAAGGCCACAGCCCAGAUGGAAGAAAGGCUUCAGGACAUUAUAACAAAUCACUCUCCAGAAAACGUCCUUCCGCUGGCAGAUGGUGUACUCAGUUUUACCCACCAUCAGAUCACAGAACUGGCUCGAGAUUGCUUGGAUAAAUCCCACCAGGGCCUCAUCACAUCUCGAUACUUCCUUGAAUUACAACAGAAAUUAGACAAAUUGCUACAGGAGGCUCAGGAGCGAUCAGAGAGUGAAGAACUGGCGUAUAUCAAGCAACUAGUCAGAAAAAUCCUCAUAGUUAUUGCUCGUCCUGCUCGUUUACUGGAAUGCCUGGAAUUUGAUCCAGAAGAGUUUUACUAUCUUUUGGAAGCAGCUGAAGGCCAUGCUAAAGAGGGACAAGGCAUUAAAACAGACAUUCCCCGCUACAUUAUUAGUCAGCUGGGCUUAAAUAAAGAUCCUCUGGAAGAAAUAGCUCAACUAGCUAACUGUGACAGUGGGACAGCAGAAACUCUGGAAAUGGAUGAAUCAAUAACUAGCUCAAAUACCUCACUACAGCUCCGGAGAAAACCUCGAGAAAGUGAUUUUGAGACAAUUAAACUGAUUAGUAAUGGAGCUUAUGGUGCGGUUUAUUUUGUGAGACAUAAAGAAACCAGACAAAGAUUUGCCAUGAAGAAGAUUAAUAAGCAGAAUCUCAUCCUUCGAAACCAGAUCCAACAGGCCUUUGUGGAGCGCGAUAUCCUGACCUUUGCAGAAAACCCCUUUGUUGUCAGCAUGUAUUGUUCUUUUGAAACAAGACGUCAUUUAUGUAUGGUCAUGGAAUACGUAGAAGGUGGAGACUGUGCUACUUUGAUGAAAAAUAUGGGCCCCUUACCUGUGGACAUGGCAAGGAUGUAUUUUGCAGAGACUGUUCUGGCCUUGGAAUACCUUCAUAAUUAUGGAAUUGUGCACAGGGAUUUGAAGCCAGAUAAUUUAUUGGUAACAUCCAUGGGCCAUAUAAAGCUUACAGACUUCGGUCUGUCAAAGGUGGGGCUAAUGAGUUUGACUACCAAUCUGUAUGAAGGUCACAUUGAAAAGGAUGCCAGAGAAUUCCUUGAUAAACAAGUUUGUGGUACACCUGAAUACAUAGCUCCUGAAGUAAUACUGAGACAGGGUUACGGAAAACCAGUGGACUGGUGGGCUAUGGGAAUCAUUCUUUACGAGUUUCUGGUUGGCUGCGUGCCAUUCUUUGGAGAUACACCGGAAGAGCUGUUUGGACAAGUAAUCAGUGAUGAAAUCAACUGGCCUGAAAAGGAUGAAGCACCACCUCCAGAUGCUCAGGAUCUCAUUACCCUGCUGCUCAGGCAGAAUCCCUUGGAAAGACUGGGAACAGGUGGUGCAUAUGAAGUAAAGCAACAUCAGUUCUUUAGGAGCCUUGACUGGAACAGUCUGCUAAGACAGAAAGCAGAGUUCAUUCCACAGUUGGAGUCAGAAGAUGACACAAGUUAUUUUGACACUCGUUCUGAGAAAUACCACCACAUGGAAACUGAGGAAGAAGAUGAUACAAAUGAUGAGGAUUUUAAUUUGGAGAUAAGACAGUUUUCCUCAUGUUCGCACAGAUUUUCAAAAGUGUUUAGUAGCAUAGACCGAGUUUCUCAAGCACAAGGUGAUGAAAAGGAAGAUGCAGGAGACAAAACAAAGAGUGUAGCGUUGCCUUCAGUGGAAUCUUUAAGCUGGAGUUCAGAAUAUUCUGAAAUACAACAAGUAUCUACAUCAUCCAUCUCCUCUGACACUGAGAGUCGCAGGCAGCGACAUAGUUCUGGUUUGUUGCCAAAGUUGGCCAUAUCUGCUGAAGGAGAACAAGGUGAUUCCACCUGCUUAGUGGGAGCACAGGAGGAGCAGGAAAAGCCUGCGUUAGUGAGUGAAGAAAUAGUGCAAGAUGAACCUGAAGUAACAACUCCAGCAAGUACAAUCAGCAGCUCCACAUUGUCAGUUGGCAGUUUUUCAGAGCACUUAGAUCAGAUGAAUGGACGAAGCGAAAGUGUGGACAGCACAGAUAACUCCUCAAAGCCUGCUACUGAAGUUGCAUUUCAGAUGGCUCGUCAGAGAUUAGAAAGUACAGAGAAAAAGAAGAUCUCUGGAAAAGUCACAAAGUCUCUUUCUGCAAGUGCUUUGUCCCUCAUGAUCCCAGGAGAUGUGUUUGGUGUUUCUCCUCUGGGAAGUCCCAUGUCUCCUCAUUCGCUAUCAUCUGAUCCUUCAUCCUCUCGGGAUUCCUCUCCGAGUCGUGAUUCUUCAAUUGCUGCUGCAAGUCCUCAUCAGCCUAUAGUAAUUCACAGUUCAGGAAAAAAGUAUGGCUUCACCAUUCGAGCCAUCAGGGUUUACGUGGGAGACAGUGAUAUUUAUACUGUGCACCAUAUUGUUUGGAAUGUGGAAGAAGGAGGCGCAGCAUACCAAGCUGGUUUGAAAGCUGGGGACCUAAUUACUCAUAUCAAUGGAGAGCCAGUGCAUGGUCUUGUUCAUACAGAAGUCAUUGAGUUGUUGUUAAAGAGUGGCAACAAAGUGUCAAUUAUGACAACACCUUUUGAAAACACUUCCAUCAAGACGGGACCUGCCAGGAGAAACAGCUACAGGAGCCAAAUGGUCAGGCGCAGUAAGAAAACCAAGAAGAAAGAGAGUUUAGAGAGGAGGAGAUCUCUCUUUAAAAAGUUGGCCAAGCAGCCCUCUCCUCUUCUUCACACCAGCAGAAGUUUCUCCUGUCUGAACCGGUCACUUUCAUCAGGGGAGAGCUUGCCUGGGUCUCCAACUCACAGCUUGUCUCCAAGAUCACCUACCCCAAGCUACCGUUCCACUCCUGAUUUUCCAUCUGGUACUAAUUCUUCUCAGAGUAGCUCCCCUAGUUCAAGUGCUCCCAACUCUCCAGCUGGUUCAGGACACAUAAGACCCAGCACUCUUCAUGGCUUGGGCCCAAAGCUUAGUGGGCAAAGAUACAGAUCUGGAAGACGUAAAUCAGCUGGCAGCAUUCCUCUCUCUCCUCUGGCAAGAACGCCUUCCCCAACACCGCAGCCCACAUCACCUCAGCGAUCUCCAUCACCACUACUGGGGCAUUCAAUUGGGAAUACAAAGAUAGCUCAGUCUUUUCCUAGCAAGAUGCACUCCCCUCCAACUAUUGUAAGACACAUUGUUAGGCCGAAAAGUGCAGAACCACCGCGAUCUCCUCUCUUAAAGAGAGUCCAGUCUGAAGAGAAACUUGCACCUUCUUAUGCUAGUGAUAAGAAACACUUAUGUUCACGAAAACACAGUCUUGAAGUGACUCAGGAAGAAGUGAAUAGAGAAUUGUCCCAAAGGGAAGUAACUCUUCAGAGUUUGGAGGAGAAUGUAUGUGAUGUGCCAUCACUCACACGAGUCAGACCGGCAGAGCAGGGCUGCUUGAAACGGCCCAUCUCCCGAAAAUUAGGUAGGCAAGAAUCCAUUGAUGAAUUAGACAGAGAAAAACUGAAGGUCAAGAUAGUUAUGAAAAAACAAGAUUUUGCUGAAAAAGUGAAUGCUACUAUACACGAACCUGGCAGUGAACCAGAAAAUCCCAAUACCAUAAGAUCGGAAGAAAGAGACAAAAAAGCAUUCCAGAAGGUAUUAGAAAGAUCGAAUCCAUUUGAAACAAAAAUUGCAGCUUUAGAACCCCAACCAGCUGGAGGCAUACUCAAAGACACUCUACAAAAGAAUGCAAACUUGCGAUCAAAUGACUGUAGUGCUUUAGAUGCACAGAUGUUGUGUCAUGGAUCCCCACUUAAUGAAGCCAGUCAUAUUUCUUAUGAGUUCAAAAGAAUUUCCCCUCCAUGUACACUGCAAGAUAUGCCACUUCAGUCCUCUGACAGGAUGCUAAAUGGAAAGGGAGAAAACACAGAUAAAAAUGUACCAACGAAAGAAUUUGUCAAAUAUGAAAGAUUAGAUGGUAAACUUGCAAAUAUUGAUUAUCUUAGAAAGAAAAUGUCUUUUGAAGAAAAAGAUGAGAGUGUCUGUCCAGUGCUAAAACCCAAACUGACAUCGAAUGUUCAUGAAAGCCUUCAACUUAAUGCAGUCAGGCCCAUAAGCAUUCAGCAGGAUUCCACGGCAGUUGCUGAGGGUAGAGCAUUCAUCAGCAAUGCACAUACUUCUCAGAUGAACUCAGUUUCUUUUGUUCCCCUCAAAACCUUGAAUGGUCGAACAGAAGCAGGUAUGGAAAAAUCAGCUGCGAUUUCUACUGAGUCAUCUGUCAGGAAAAGUCCAUCAGAAUAUAAACUUGAUGGGAGGUCUGUUUCCUGUUUGAAACCGAUAGAAGGCACACUAGACAUCGCUUUGCUUUCUGGACCACAGGCUUCAAAGAGUGAGGUACCUUUGUGUGUAAUGCCAGAAGGACAGAGCAACAGCAGUGAUAUGGCAUCUCCUAAACCUUCAGCGCCACAGGGCAGUGGUGGAAAGGCAGAACUGGUCUGUCAGAAAGAGCAGCUGUUAAGCCAAUCAAAAUCUAGUAAAGCUAAUCUACCAGAGGCUCAGGUUCUGCAAACAAACAAGAGUUCUCCCAAUCCACCAGUCAUCCCUGUAGCUGCAGAAGUGGUGGUAGAGAAAAAAGCUUAUAAUCCAGCUGCUAAAGUCAGCAUUUCUAUUACUGAAGCUGUUCAGAAGAAGGAUAACUCUCCUUCAAAGCAGGACAGUUCAGCAGAGGCGAAGUCCUGUGUUACUCAAAGUCAGACUGUUAAAAGUGCUCUAACAUACUCUCAGCCUUCUACAGUCCAAAGCACUCCUGAAAAACCUCUGGGCAAAGAGAAACAAGCGCAAAAGGAGUUGCCUAGCAGACAGCAAGCAGGCCAGAGAAAUUGUGAGCCUAUCUCUGCAACAGUGGAGGUGAUCAGGGAGUCAGCUUUGAAGGUAUCUGUCUCAGAUGUCCUGACAACAAGCUACUUCAAAAGCAGUGAAAAAAAUUCUGCUGAUCUUGCCAUUCCACCUCAGAUGCAAGGGAAGUUGCAGACAGGUGGUCCCAAGACACAGCUUAAGGAUGGGAGAGAUUCAGUAAAACAGGUAAGCAAGGAAGACACCGUUGUUGCUAGCAGUUUUGUGGAAAAGGUCAUAACCAAGCAGAAAGUUCUCAGUGAGUCUAAGAAAACCAUUGUAGAGUCAAAGAGUGAAACUGUUCUAUCCAAGCCCUCAGUAGAUGGUGAUCCUAAAAAUGAGAAGGCAGCAUUGGUUUUCUCUGUGCAGAGGGAUAAGUCCAAAGAUUUGGGAAAGAAAGAUCAGAAACAGGUUCCUGACAUAAGGAUUCCAGCCUCUGAGAGAGAGCAGUCCAGCCAGGCUCCUCAGCAGCCUAAUGCUCCAGUGUCCCCUGCUGUGAGGGUUGCUGUAAGCAGAAACUGUGCUGUAGAUGUUCAUGAAGGUAUUCAAGAACACAUGAAGCCCUCUACCAUUGGUGUGGAAAGUAGUACUAAUAAACUCAGGCCCGCCUCUGAUCAGAGUUCCUCUAAGUCUAAGCACUUGGAUAAACAGACAUUUUCACAGAAACCAUGCACGCCAAUCACAAAAGAAAAAGAAACAGUUGUUCAGGUGUCUGCCAGCUCUCGGAAGGAUGGUAAACAGACUGGUAAAAAUGUGCCAGAUCCCCCUUCUUCUGUAUCAGGUUCUUUAAGAAAAAUGAACAGCGAACAUGUUAAAGUUGAAAGGCCUGUGAUUUCAGAGCAUGGAUUUGUAUCCACUCUUCAAGUGAGCAGUAUCACUCCUGAUACGAAACCCAAAUCAUCUACUGUUGACUCAGGACCAACAGGCCCUGAGAUUUCUAAGCAAAUGCAAAAGCAAGAACCAGCAGGCUCUGGGGAUUCUGCUGACCAAAAGCUGUUUCACUUCAGUGAGAAACAAACUGUGUCUCCAAAGUUUUCCACUGUGAAAGACUGUCUCUUGCUGAACAAACAGGCAGACAGAGGCCCUAAUAAUCAGACGACCUCUCCAGAUAGAAGACCUGAAGGAAAAAUAUGCACUGAUGCACUUUAUGUUCAACAUAACAGUGGGAAAAUGGAACCUACCCUUUGCCUCACAAACUGCGAUGUUAGAGCAAAAGGACCAGAAAAAUCAACCACAAGUAACAAAUGCUCUCAAGAUUCAAAAGGGAAAGGACAAACUAAUCAAAAACAGCCUGAGGAUGCAAGCAAACAAGUUGCAAUAAAACAUACGCCAGCUGCCAGUGGGCAGAGUUCUUACCGUGUAGCUGCAGUGCCAGGAAAGCCACUGGCUUGUUCAGCCAGUUUCUCUGAAUGUAGACAAGAAGUGUCUGUUUUGUCUUUGGCAAAGAGUGAUGCAUCUUCUGCAAAAGUUAAAGCAGGCUCACCUGAGCUUCCUUCAUCCAGCUACAAGGAGCAAAGUAAGAAAAGCGCCUCUUCCACAGGAAAUAGUAAGACAGAAAUGACUAAAAGCGUGUCAAUGAUAAUCUUGCACAGUGCUGCUGUUGCAGAAGCCCACCACUCUACUUCAAACCUUGGGGGGAAACCUGGAAAUCAAGAGAAGUCUUCUGUUAACACUGUGGAUGUAAAGGGGAAAGAUGCUGCUCAGACUCAGCAGUCUGCUUCAAGAAAACAAAACGUGGGUAAAGAUUUAACUAAGUCAGUAACCACACCUGAUCGCUCAAACGCACUUUCUAAUGACAAAGACUCAGUUCGACAGCGUCGAGGGAAAGAAGCUUUACGAAGCAGUCCUCACAAAAAAUCCUGUUGACUGCAAUACGUGGCAAAUAUAAAUUCAAGACUAACAGAAACAAGAACAAUACAUUUUGACUGUCUUGAAACCAGCACUGUGUAGUGUCUUUAUGUGGCAAAGCUUUCAUGUCACUGAAGAGGAUGGGGAUAUAUAGAGAAAGGACUUUUUACAAAAUGCCUUCUCGAUUGUAACCGGUAAAACUGUUACCAUAUAGUAUUUGUACAAAUAUACAUCUGCAGCUGGAAGCUGUGGAAGAAAUAAUUUCCUCUGUAAAUACCUAGCAUUGUGUUUGGGGAUUGAAUGUAGCAUAUAUACGUUGCUGCUGAUUGCAUUGUUUACUCUCCCCUUUUUAAAAAAAUAGUUGCUUUGCCAUUUAUUUGCCAUACUCGAAUAAGAAAGUAAAUGACUGAAAAUGGGACGUGGCACAGACAGGCACAAGCAAUGGUCUGACUGGAGGGUGAAAAUCUGCUACAUUUUUACUUAAAAAAAAAAAAAAAAAAGAAGAAGAAAGAAAAAAAGUCCUAGCUAGAGUUAAAAAUGCAAGGAAGAAAUAAGUACGGUGGCUUGUUGUGAGUUUUUAGUCAUCAGAUUUUGAUAGUUGUGUAUCUGGCUACAUGCUUCACCAGAUCUAACACAAGACGAAAUCACAUCUGCCAGCGGCACAGAGCCUGUCUUGAAUAGUGGGUGUGGUUAAAGCUAAGGGAGGACUGCUUGGCUGUCACAGAGUCUCUGGAAGACUCAUGUUCUCUGUUGUAAUGGUAGUUUUGGUCUUGUCUGUUCAGAGUGUAUUCUGCGACCUUCAGACAAGGGUGAGACUCUGAAGCACAUGCUGUGUCCUUGGUUUCUGCUGCAGUCCUCCCUUUGUUUCCUUGAGCUAGUUUUGAAUUCAGGCCCUUAGAGUUUGAGGCACAAGUUACAAGCACAUGACUUCCAGGACUAUUGUGUUCAUCCCUGUUUUGUUUUUUUUUGUUUUUUUUUUUUUUAAUUAAUUUAGAAAACAUGCUUUACCAUAGCAUAUAGAUCUGCAUAAUUAGCAUUAGCUGUGGCUUUUUUUUUUUUUUUUUCUUUUUCUUUUCUAUUUUCGGCUAUUAGGAUAAAAAGGAAAAAGAAUAUAUGUUCCAUUGUCAUUAAGAAAAAAAUUUAGGACAUCUGAUACAUUUUAAUUCAUAGCUGGGGCCUUAUGUUGUAGACUUUGACUUGCUUUUUUAGCAAGUAAUUCUUGGUUUCAUGUUCAUUUCUAACUGCAUUGAGUAGCUCCAUACAUUUCAUAACGUAAUCUUUUUAUUUAUAUGAAAAAAAAAAAAAAAGAAAGAAAAAAGGUAAAUGUAAUUAUUAAAGAAACAUUGUGUAACAAAGGAACCUGUUGGAGCUAUUUGGUGCUAGAAUGUGACUGUCCUUUUACUUUUGCUAAGCCUUAUUUAAAUUUUGUAUACUGUGGAACAUGUAGAUUUUGAUCAUUUUAGUGUGGAGGACUUCAGUUUUGAAGGAUGAAAGAUAGAAUUUGAAACAUGUACCAGAGCACUACAGAAUAUGCUUGUUGAUGCUUGUUUUAAAGUGUUUGGGAUCAACAGAGUGGGGGUUUGCUUAUUUCGGUUCAGGUAGCCAAACUAGAACUAGGCCCCCAGCUGUUUCGUUGAGGCUUACGGAUUGUCUUUUCUGUCUCAAAAGAUAGAACCUUGUUCUUAAAAGCACAGUGUAUAAUCUUGACUUGGAGGUCUGCGUGACAGCUGACAGUGUGCAGAAUUCAUUUCCCCUGGGAAAUGCUUUAUUACACCAGUUCAGUUGGAUUACAGCAGACUUGCUGUGGAAAGAUAAAAUCACAAGCUACAGUUUCUGAUUUUUUUUAUGAGACACUAGAAUGUUUGUACUGCCUCUUAUGCAUUGACAGAGGAGCUAGUUAGCGAUGGGUAGUAAUUUUGAGCAGCUUUGAAGAGAAAAUGGUCUCAACAUUUACAGUUCACUUGUGCUUUGGCAAUUAUUACAAGCAAAUGCUAAUGCACUUCAAUAUAACAUUUCUGUCUGGGAGGUAUUUCCUAGUUUACAGAGUUCUGCAUUUUUUAAACUAUCUUCUCGUUUCCUUUAAAGCACAUCUAGCUAUUUGUUUACAGUAUACCUUUAUGUAUAUUUUGUAUAGCUCAUUAUCACUUCUGACAAGUAAGUUUGCAUUUUGGAAGUGUAACAGUGCAUAAGCUUGUGUUUAUGUAGUACUGUUUGUUGGUGUUUACCUAUCAGUGAGCUGUUAGAGAUUCUCCUGCCUGUGUACUGCUUCGGUCAGUCUUUUUGUGAUUGUAGUUCUGAUGUGCUCCUUUGUAGACUUCCUGCUGUAGAUUGCUCAGCUUCCCCACCCCUCCACCCCCCAAAAAGAAAAAGAAGAGAGAGAAAAGACGAAAAAGGAAAGAUGGGGAAAAAAAAAAAAAAAAGUUAGGGUCUGUGCAAUAAAGUGUUUGCAGUCUUAUUUUCUUUAAGAAACUCCUUAUGGAUGUCAUAAUUGUUGUAUAUUGAACACAGUUAUUUAUACUUAUGCAGUCGCAUAACAUUGAAAUAAAAAUUCAGCAUGAA